AUGUCGCCGUCUCCUGGACAAUGCGACAUGUGCGGUGGAACUAAGGAUGACGAGAAAUGGAGGCGCAGGAUGGCCCUGCGUAUGAAAGCUGACGAGCUCUUUCCUCCCAGGAGCUGGGGUUUUACUACGAGCAAGUGCAACUACAAGAAACGACUGCUUCGAGCCGUUGAGGCUGGAGGCAUGCACGAGCAUCCUGCUGGGGUUGGCAGGGGCUCGACGGUACACCUUCAUGUGCUGAUGCGCCGCAUGAAGUUGAGGGCCAAGUUUCUGGCCCGUUGUGGGAAAGCCAGUGGUGCUGUUGCCGAGGCGAACAGUGCCGGCGGCCCUCUUGAGGGGCCUUCUACUGCCGAGGUUGCUCAGGCUUUUCGAGGAGCUCUCGACACAGGACAUGCUGGUUGUGGUUGCCGGCAAGUCCCUGCUGACGAGGGAUCUGAGCCAGGGCCCGGUGACCUGUGGUCUGUGCUGCGACGUUUCGAGUUGCCGGGCAAUGGGGAACGAGAACUUUGA